AUGACAGCAGCUGCUUCUCCAUCUUCAGGAAGCCAACCCUUUUCUAAUGUACUUGAUAGGAUAUCACUCAAGCGUCCAAAAGUCAUGGAAUUGGAAGGAAAUGUCUGUUUUUCUGAUGAAAAUAUUUUUCAAUUUAAAGAAAAUACAGUAGAACUUUACGACAAAUAUUACCACAAGAUAAAAGAAUCUCCACGCAAAGAAUUAUCAAAUGGAAAUUUAUUCAUCAAAUCAUCACGCAAUUCUACAUCAAAUUACUUAUUUACAUUUGAUUCUCAGACAGUGAGAUUGUAUAAAAACGAUCUAACAAUGAUAUUUGAAAAACCAUUUCAAUUUAUUAUCCAAGAUGUUGCAAUUUUCCCGAACAUUAACAACAUUACAAUACUUAUUUUAGCAUCUAACUCGGUUUUCUUGCUAGAGAAUGACAAAAUCAAUAAAAUUUCACCAGAUAACCAAAAAAUCGAUGAUAUCUGCGUUUUUAUUAAUAAUAACUAUCUUUAUAGAGAAGAAAGAACGCUCCAUAUCAAGAACAUUAAAAACAAUGAAGUUUCAAGUGUAAGUAUCGAUAUUCCAAAUUCCCGCAAUAUUAUCAAGCUCUAUUCACUCAACAAAACACAGGCUUGCGUUAUAUCACAAGACAAAAUAAAACUUAACGAAAUUACAAGCCAAAUUUUUGAAUUUAAUGAAAUAGGCAAAUACCAAGCAUCAAUUUCUAUUAAAUCAACUCUGAAACAGCCACUUAAAGGAGAAAUCAAUACGGUAUCGCUACCAAACUCCAGCCUUUCCUGUGUUUAUUCUACAGAAAUUAAUUUCUUGAAAUUCUUUGAAAGUCCAGAACUAUUCAAAUUUAGCGAAAUCGAAGUACUUUCUCUGAUUCCGCUUACAACUUUUGAAAAAAUUGAAAUUUUGUCAGAAAAAUUUGUUUUAAUCAAAAAGAAAGAAGGAACAAACAAAAAGGAAUACACUAUAUUCCAAAUUGGCCAUAAUGAAAACACAAUUCCAAGCCCUUAUCCACUCAAAACUGAACAAAAACAAAUUCGAAUUUUACCAAAGGUUGUUCAGGCCGAAAUUGAUUACUCUACCCCUACAUAUGAACAAGUUCCAGCUCCUGAUACGAAUUGUCAGCAAGAACCUCCACAAAAAGAAGAAUCACCAGUUAAAGCUGAACCAGUCAAAGAAAUCGCACCACAACCUGCUCAAAAGGAGACACAACCACCAGAAGUUGUUCCUGAACCUCAGCCUGCUCCACAAGUUGCAAAUCCUGUACAAGUCCAACAAAAUCAAGUCCAAGUACCAGUUGCAUUCGAUUACGAGAACUUCUCCAACAUAAUUAUGCAGCAUUUACGCCCAGAAUUCGCUAACUACCUUAGAGAAGUUGUCGUUAUUCCAGAUAUCGUUUCCAAAGUUAGCAACGAGUUGAAACCAAUAGUAGAAAAAUCACUUAACGAUGCACUCUCAGAAAUCAAGGCCACAAAUGACAAAGUUAAUUCAUUUAUCAGCGAAUUCAAGGCUGGAAUUGUCAAUGCUGUUAAUAAAACUAAGAAUUCCCACCAACACGAGACAGAGGAAGUAGUUGAAUCAGAAAUUGACAAAGUUCCAGAAAAUCCAAACCCAUUACAACAGACAAUUGACAAAGAAACCCUCGGAAACCCAGAUAUUUUGGGAAGCAGCUACGUAUUCCUUCCGAAAUCCAAAGUUUCGAAGAAUUCGGAAAAUAUUGAAAUUUCUAUUUCCCAGUUUUCUCCAUAUUUCAUCAUAAAAAUUGGAGAAUAUGCAGGAAUAUACGCAUUAGAGUACAGACAAGUCUUCGAUGAAGAGCUUAUCUUGAAACCAGAUGAGAUGCCCCCAGGAAAGAAGCUUAUUGUCAACUUACUUGAUUCUAAGAAUAUUAAAGAUCUCCAGAGUGCUCAUAUUGCCCCAUCAAAGAGAGGAACUUUCGCAUGUUUGGCAAAUAAUACUCAUUUGCGCCUCUUGGACGUUAAAAAUGACACGAAUAUUGAGUUAAAACUCCCAGAAGAAGGUUCUGACAUUGAAAAAGUCCUAUCUAUGCCAUCAAUUCCCGAAAUUUAUUUAUUAAUUAACUCAUUCCUUUAUUCUAUCUCAGAUAUUCGCCUUAAGAAGUAUGCUAAAAUCAAGGUUUAUGAUUUUGCAUUGACAAAAGAAGGAAAACCGAUCUUUGUAAGCACAGAAGGAAAGAUUUACAACGGAAACACGAAAUUCCAUAUAUUACCAUCACAAUCCUCAUUGUUAUACUUCUCUAUCAUUAGAGGAGAUAUCCUUUUGGUCGUUUUCAAGAUAGAAAAUUUGAUUUUCAUGAGAACAAUUUCAAUUACCGGCCAAAGAGAGAUAGAAACCAAUAUAAUAUAUAAGGAACCAUACGAAAACAUAUAUUUCGCUUCAAGUUUGUACAGUUCCUUUGUUUGUGUCUGGAUUAAAGCAAAAGGUAGUUCAAGAGGCGAUAAUUACAUUUACAACUUUUACCUUUGCGAAUCCAACACAAUCAAGAGGGUGAAAUACGAAGAUCCUCCAAUCGCUCCAUGCUACGAUGAUGAAGACACAACAAUGAAGAUGAGCUCAUUUACUUUUAUUAACCCUGGAACAAUUGUUUCCGAGAAAAACUCAGAAGAAAUGGAAUUUUCAAAGUUCGAUCCAGAAACAGAACCAAUUUUGUUCGCUUCUGGUGAAUGCAACUUUGAAUAUGCCGAAGUAAUCAAAGAUGACGAAGAUGCCAAUCCACUACUUCAAGACCAUGAAAUUAUCAGAGUUUCUGCAUGGCAUGUUCAACAAAUUUCGUUUGAAAAAGUUGAAAAUGACGAAAAUGUUCUAGUUGAAGAAGAAAAUCCAAGUGAGAAUGUUAAGAGAAUUCCAAGGACAAAGAUAAUGAGAAGGAGAAUCCCAAAUUAUUAA